AUGAAUUAUGUAUUUAAAGUUUUCGUGGCUAAAUUUCUCAAUCUUUACAUUGAGGGAUUUGGAGGCUCGUAAGUGUAAUUGUAUUAAGGAGCCUUGAAUCUAUAAAAGGUUUAGCUCAAAUUGUAAACUCUGAAUAAGUUACUCAAAGAAUUAUUGAUUCCUUUUACAAUACUCAAAGCUGACAUUGAGAUGCUCAAAAUAGAUAUUCCUUGGGCAUCCCUAACUACUCAGCCCAUCAAAACGCAUAUAAGUGGUUUGAAUGUAAUCAUACAAUAUAAUGAAUAAGAAGACAUCGAAAAUCUGAUCUAGGAUUUAUCAAAAAAAUAAAAUACAGAAAGCAAGAUCUCUAUUCAAGAUGAGAUUCGAAAACACAAAGAAAUUGAUGAGUAAGUACUAAAGCGAUUUGUAAAAAAACUGCUACUCAAUCUCUCCUUUGAAAUCAAAGAUAUCCAAGUCGAGUUGCUGAUUAAGCAACAAUAUAGACUAUAGGUUGUAUGCCAAUAAUUCAGCACUUCAUCUCAAGAGAAUUUAAGAAUAAAUCCUGAAGACGUUGAUCAAUUCCACAGAGAAUUAAAAGUGGAGACAUUCUUUAUCAAAUUGAUUCGUUUUAAGGAUGAUGACAUUUCAAAUUAGCAAUUGUUGGCUCUAGAUCAAUGCAAUUCAUAUCUAGAAAGAUCCAAAGAUUCUAUCUAUUGUCAUGUUGAAUUCAACAACUUCAAUAUCAUCUUAGAUAAGGAUAUUGUGUUGUUGGCAAAUGAUGCCAUGGACAAACACACUUAGUUAGAAUAAUUGGUUCAAAAUAAACUCAAUGAAUUUAAAAUCUAGCCAAUCCAUGAGAAUUUCAUAUUCAGAGACAUCACAACCGUAAGCAAGGGAAUUCACUUGUCCAUAUUUUCAAACAACCUAUUUAUUCAAUCCUAACAAUUGACAUUAUUUAUACAAUAGUGCAAUAUUUGUGCUAAGUCAUUCCUGUAGUAAAUGCUAUACAAAUUAAGUUUCGAGGAAAUUCAUAUCAAAUAUAAUGGACUCAAGAUUCUUUAAUUGACCAAAUAAGAUAGCAAUGAGUUUAGUAUAUGGCCAGAAUUGCACAAUCAAGAUGCUGAUAAAUAACAAAUUAUUUUGGAAAUCGCCCAAAACUAAAGCGAUAGAAUGAAAUUAAGAGAGCAAAAAUUAUUUCUUUAAAUAGAAUUUAUACAUUUGGAAGUAGAUAUCCAGCAUCUGCUCUAAAAUUCAUAAGCCAUCCUAAAUCAUAUUCAAAGUUAUUAAUGUUUCAUCCCUCCCCAAUAAAAAUAAUUGUCCUCUUAGAAGAGUAGUCAAACACACAUCAAAUCCCAUUAAAAAAAACUGACUUUUAAAAUGAACAUUAUGAAAAAUAAACUAACUCUAAAUGUAUCUGGCAUUACACAAUUCUAACUACUAUUCCAAAGUUAAACUCAUAUUGGAAUGUAUUAAAAGAAGGAGAAAAUUAAGAAUAUUGAAUUGAAACACAAUCAAUUGUAGUUUCAUUUGUUUGAUCAAAAUUAGCAUCUUUUGGUAUCUCUCAAUGGAUUUAAUGCCAUUUUCGACUAUUUCAAGUAAAUCGAAUUAAAUAUUCAUCUUUCAUAAGUCUAAAUCAGAAUCCAAAAAAAUACAUUUGCAUAACUAAUAGCUUUGCAAAAGCUUAUAGAAACUGAAAAAUUUGUGUAGAAUGAUUCCAUUUAAAAUAAAUAAGUACAACAGGAUUAAUUGAAUAAAAAAAACAUAAAAUUUACAGCCUUAAUGGAGAGAUGCUCAAUUGAUUUUGGACAAUGUGUCAAAAUUAAUAAUUAUGUAUCCUUCAUCACUCUAAACAUAAAAUAAUUGAAUUUGUAAAUAUUAUUGAUCGAGAACACUGCACAUCAUUUAGAAUUGAAAUCCAACUUUAAUAUAUGGACUACUCAUCCCUUAUAGAAAAAAAGCUGUAAAAUCACUAAUACUAUCAAGUGUAAGUUAUUAUGGAACAAAAUAAUUGAUCCUAAUUAGCAAGAUCCUCAAAACAUCCUUUAAAUUUAAAAUGCUGUCGAAAUCAAAUUGUCCUAAUUGACAAUCUCAAAUUUACUCAAUACAGUCAAUUUAUUAAGUGGAUUGGAUGUUGUUAGUGUGAUUAGAAAUAAGACAAAAAAGAAAGUUCUUCUUAAGAUCAUUAGUGUUCAAACCAAGAAUAUACAAUCAUUCACCCUCGAACCAGAAGAUUCUACUCUGCUCUCAUCGCUAUAUGACAAUCUUUAAGAUCCUAAAGAUUAUCCUACAUAUCAGAUCUAAUUAGGCUUAGAAAUUAAUGAAUCCUUAUAAUUCUGGUCCUAAGCCUAUCCAUUUCAUUUAUCUAAGCAGUACUUUAAUAAGUUCGUGUUGAUUGAUGAAAUAGAUCAACAAGAACAUGAUAUUUUUCUUAAGGCACUCAACAACGAGUUUAUUCUAACCUAAUAGGAUAGACAAAACACAGAUUUGCAGACAGUUGCUGAACCAACCAUAGAAAAUUAGUCCGAUUAUUUGCUAACAUUUAAAACUGGGAGUGUAGAGUGUUUUUAAAUAGAGGGUAAUUCUAAGAAGGCUUUCCAUACCAAAUUGACAGAGUAGAAUACAAUCGCAUUAGUCCUAAUGACUGAAAAUCAAUAAGAAAUUAAGUUUAAUUUGAAAGAAGUGAUCCAAUAAAAGACUGUUUUGUCAUUUAAUUUUGUGAAGAUAGAUAACAAUUUUUAUAAUGUUCUUCUUUCUUUUGAAUUAAUCAAAGAUCCAAAGGGAUAAUACUUUUAAAAGGUGAUAAUAAAGCCAUUCCUUAUCAUUGCGAACUUACUUCCUUGGAAUUUCAGUAUUGGAAAUGCUUAAUUUAUCAAUUUGCCAAUUAGUGUUGAUGUCAAUAUGAAUAACACUCUUAUCAAUAAUUUUGAUUAAUAAUUAGAUUUGUUUUAUGCCAAUUUAUUGAACAAUAGGAAACACGCAUCCAAUUAAUCUUAAUAAAUCAUUAUUAAUGGAUAAGUUACAAACUUGUAUUAUUUAAACUUUUUAAAAGAGGGGAAAUAUGCAAUAGAGAUAAAUAAGAGACAUCAUAUGAUUAUGAUAUUCAGAAAUAAUGUUUUAGUGUAGAAUUAAAUGUGCUUUGUCAUUUGUCGUAAUAUUUAUUAAUAGCAAAUCAAAUAUUUACUAUUAAAAAAUAAGACCUAAUUUAAUUUUAUUUUGAUGAAAAAUAAGUCCAGAAUUCACAUUUAUCCAUUUUCAGACAAUUGUUUGGAAUACAAUAUUUAGAAGGGGGAUAAAUAUCGAAUUUUUGUAACUAAUCAAGAUUAUGAAUUGAUGUAAUUGUUGGACUCUGAAACGAUGACUAAGCAUAAUCUUAAGGUAAACAAAAUUUAAAUUUAAAACAUUCAUAUCAUUGAAAUAAUUAUUAAUGAAGAAAAGAUUAUAGGCAAGGAGUUUAAGAUCUCAAUUCCAAAUGUCAAAAUUGAUAUAUAAGUGUGUGAUAAAUAAGAGAUCAACAUAUUUUUUGAUUUGAAUUUGAGAUUCUUCUCUGAUACUCAUUUGGAUAUUUUAAUUUAGAACUUUAUACUGCAAUUCGAGAACAUUAAUGUGAUUAAUAUUACUGAUUGCUUCUCAAUUAUUGAGAUGUCUAAAUCAAAUGAUUUAAAUUUAAUAAUGAUCAAUAAUAUUUUCUUCAAAAUAAAAGACAUCAAAUUAAAUAUUCAAUAACAAUUCCUUAAUUCAAUUAAGCUAUUAAUUUCAUUAUUAAGAUUGGACCCUUUAUUUUUGAGAUAAGAGUAAUAACAAUAAAUACAAUCUACUAAAUGCUAAUGGGAAUCAUUGAUAUAACCAACCUUCAUUAUUUUGAAUAUGAUUAUAGAUCCAAUAGCAUUAGAAAUUAAUAUCCAAACAAACAUGAUAAAUAUGAACAAUAAUCUACUCUUGCCAUAAUAGUAAAUUAAGAUGAGAAAAUUCAAGCCAAAUCAAUUAAAAUCAGAGAUCUUAUCCUUUUAUCUGGCAUUUCUAAUUACAAAAAUUCCAACCAUCCAAUUAUUAAUUCAGAAUUUACCAAAUCUAUUGCAGUUGUUGUAAUCUAAAAAGAAUGAACCUGAUGGAGUCAAAUUACCGUAUUUUUUUAUCCACUCACCAAUACAAACAAGAAUCAAUUAAACAGAAUAUGUUUAUUUAAAUAAGAAUUGCAAAUUGGCAGUUUCAAAUGAAAAAUUAGUAAGAUGCCAGAUUGUGUUGAGUAAUGAUAAGCUUGAAAUAUAUGUGCAGGAUGAAAAAUAAACAAUUUUUUUGGAUUCAAUAUCAUAAAUUAGAUUGGGCAAAUAGAAUUUCAGCAUUUAUGUAAAGAAGAACUUGAAAUUAAGAUUUUAUUCAAAACAGUCAAACUUGAUUGUGAAUCUUAUCAAAAACUUAUUAUAUUGA